UUUAGACUAGUACCAGUGUUCUGAUCUUCCUAUGAAUAGAAUUGACCUUUUGUGAAGUGGGUUAGUACACGGAGUAUCCUUGUAAUCACAGCUCGACCUUUGACUCUAGCUGUAAGAUGGAGAGCAGGACUGCAAGUUGCACCAAUGGGGAUUUCACGGUGGAAUCGUUGCUGGAUAACAACAGAUUGUUGAACUUACCGCUAGGUGGCAGGGUGGACAAGGUGUACACCAUUGGUUGCUUUGAUCUGUUGCACGAAGGACACGUGUUCCUGCUGUCCACAUGCAAAGCCCUCGGAAAACAGGUCAUAGCCGGUGUUCAUGACAGUCGUAGCUGUUACAAAAUGAAGAACAAAGUCCCCAUUGAAACAAUAGAACAGCGGAUGCUGAAAGUCAAGCAGCAUGCUGAUAUGGUAUUUUGCAUUACAAGCCUGAACGCAGCUAACUUCUUCACGUGCAUCGUGCAUCUUGAAAAAGGAGAAACGGCCUUGUUUGUACGAGGGGACGAUGCACCGAAUUUCCCAUACCGCCACAUAGUCGAGAACAUCAUGCCCGUCGUCCUGUUACCUAAAAUACCGGGAAUUAGCAGCACAAUUCUUCGCACAGAGUUAUUUUCUAAAAUACGAAGAGAUGACGAAGGAUACGUAAGCGACACAGCUUUGUCAUCAACGAAAAAAAGCGUUUCAACGCGGAAGAGGGUGAGGAAAGGGCGCCAUUAGUUUGCAAAAAAUGCUUGUGACCCAAUAAAUGGCGUCUGUUACGGCUAUGACGCCUGAUCGUACCGAAUGACAUAUGGUUUCUUUAUCAUCAAGACUUAUAUAUCUCUAGUUUAUAAAAAAGAUGGGAACUUUCUAUCAACGACACGUUUAUUAUUACAUACAUCGGAAAACAAUGUCUUUUCUUACGUAUACAAAAUUAUAUUCACAUAUAACCAAAAUGUAGCUAGGUUUUCAGACAUACAAGUAGGGAGGCAGCAGUUUAUGUUCAGUAUUUCGGUAGGAGAUUCAGAAUGCUUAUUGCAUAGAUGCCUUAUAUACGUAUUCUUACCGUCCACCGUUAACCAAAAGCUAGUAAGUAAGAAGACAGCAGUUCGUGAUCAGUAUUCAGGUCCU